GUCUGUGCAGGAUGGUGUGAACUUCAGAGAAGACCUUGAACGAAACAGUUCUCACUCGUAAAUUGUAGACCUCUCCCAACUGGUCUAUUUUAGUACUGGAACCUAGUGUGUGAACGCAACUUUUUCUUUGAUUUUACCUGGGUGAUUAUUUUUUGUGAGUGUCUAUGUGACAGUUAGCGCCGGUUUGAUCCUGACAUGGCUGAGGCACCGCCACCACAGACACAGCCGGUCGAAAUAGACCCGGACUUUGAGCCUCUCUCUCGCCCGCGAUCGUGCACUUGGCCGCUUCCCCGGCCAGAGCUCAUCGAUCCUGCCGGCUCCAACACAUCCUCCCCGGCACCGUCGGUGCAGCAGGAGCAAGGAGGAGGAAACACCGAGUUCAUUAGUAACCUCGGCUUGUUGGAGGAGGACUAUGAAGAGUAUGCAGAGCAGAAACAGCCUGUGGCCUGCAAUGAUUUUCAGUGUCGGGACGGAAACUGCGUGCAUCCACAUCACCACCACCACCGCCGCCAUCAUCAUCUUCAGCAGCAGCAGCAGCAGCAGCAGCAGCUCCCGGGGCCGCAGCUGCCGCCUCAGCAACAGGUGCCUCCUCCUGGCGUCGCACCCCUGGGCAGCAGCUCCGGCCAGAGAAAGAGCGGCCACAGCUCGUCCCGCCGUAACGCCUGGGGGAACAUGUCGUACGCUGACCUGAUUACCAAGGCGAUAGACAGCUCACCUGAGAAGAGGCUGACACUGUCUCAGAUUUACGACUGGAUGGUCAAGAGUGUGCCCUACUUCAAGGAUAAAGGAGACAGCAACAGCUCCGCGGGCUGGAAGAACUCCAUCAGACACAACCUGUCCCUGCACAGUCGGUUUGUGCGCAUACAGAAUGAGGGAACAGGAAAAAGCUCCUGGUGGAUGCUGAACCCAGAAGGAGGAAAGAACGGAAAGUCACCUCGGCGGCGAGCUGCCUCCAUGGACAACAACAGUAAGCUCGCCAAGAGCAGAGGAAGGGCGACCAAGAAAAAGAUGGCGCUACAAGAAGGGGUUGAGGGAGGUGCCGCCAGUCCUGGUUCCCAGUACUCUAGCUGGCUGGGAAGCCCGAACUCCCACAAUAACGAAGACUUCGAAACCUGGAGCUCCUUUAGGACGCGCACCAGCUCUGAUGCUAGUACUCUGAGUGGUCACCAUUCACCUUUCCCUUCUGAACAGGAUGACCUGGGGGAGUCUGACGGCCACAUGAUGUAUCCUGGAGCGACGGGGACCAAGAUAACCCCCGUCCUGCCCAGCCUGUCCGAGGUGGCUGGAUCCUUGGGCCAACGUGGAUCAGAGAACGUCAUGGAGAGUCUGCUGGAUAACCUGAACCUGCUGUCUCCUAAAAACUCCCCACUGGGUUCUGACUCCUCGCAUUCAUCAAAUGCUGCCAUGCUUCAGAGUAGCCCCUACAGCUCAACUGGCUUGGCAUCCCACUCACAACAGGACUACCGAAAGUGCAUGUAUGGCCAGGUGAGGAUGAACUCCCUCUCCCCUGCUCCCAUGCAGACACUGCCAGAGACCAAGCCAGGCUUUGGGGCAUAUGAGAACCAGUAUAUCUGCUCUGCUGGCCUACUCAAAGAGUUACUGACCGCAGAUGCAGAUGCCAGCAGGGACAUGAUGCCCUCUAGGGAUAUAAUGGUGUCUCAGGUUGGGAGGGGAGGUUGCCUAAUGCCCACUUACAGCAGCCAGAGCCAUGUGGGGGGUCAUAGUGGAGUAAAAAUGAUGAAUCGUCCUCAGAGUCACCCAGUUCCUCAUGUAAAUCCCCAAACUAUACAUAGCCAGGGUCCUUCAACCUCACGAGACUUGAAUAGCUGUAACAUGAUCCCACUGACUAGCCUGAGUAGUCUUUCAGGGGCCCCUCCUCGAAUGACCAGCCUGAGGACAUGCAUGCAGCUGCCCCAGGGACACCCAGCACACACUAAUGAUGUCUUGGCAAGCUACGGCAGAAGCAAUGGCUACAGGGAACUGAACUCAGUUCACCCACAUGGUCAUCAUCAGGAGCGGCUGCCCAGUGACCUGGACAACAUGUCCAUUGAGCGGUUUGAAUGUGACAUGGAGUCGGUCCUCCAUGACACCCUCAUGGAUGGUGGGGCGCUGGACUUUAACUUUGACCCCGCAGCUGGGAAUCAUGGGUUUCCGCAGAGGGUGAAGACCACCACACACAACUGGGUGUCAGGCUAGGAUGCAUGGUGGAUCACAAACAGGUUUUCAUCAUCAUGCCACUGCUCACUGUCAUUCAGAGACAGGAGAACGUAAAUCCAAAGAAACCAACACCAUCACUCUCACAAAAGUUUUUUUCAAAAAAUGAAUGUUUUGAGCUGGAGCUCCAGGUAUGACAGCGUAUGUUCAGAAGUUCAUCAUUCAGAUCUAUAUAUUGAAAUAAGACAUAACAGCUAAACUGAAUGAAAGACAAGCCUGCAUUUACAAACUAGUCUUGUUUACAAUUGCCUGUCAAAAACUGGAAAUAUAUAUAUAUUUGUCUAUUUUUGCUGAUUGGUGGCAUAUCAAAAUAUACAGUACAGUAUAUUGUAUAAGACAGAACACAGUAUCAGUGCCUCUUAAGAACGAUUUCAAUAAAUGUACGGUGUGUGACCAUCUGGUGAAAGCAGCCAGUACUGGAUUAAUAUGGAGCCAACACAGCAGUAUAUAAAUAUUCAGGGAGCAUGGAUAUAUCUUUCUAGAGUUUGACUAAACUCGUUAAGCAGUGUUUUUUUUGGUCCAUUGCUUAAAAUUUCAUAUGGUUUGAAAAUGGACAACUUUUAUUACACAAUGUUCUAGUGGAUUCAAAAGUAGAUCUGAUGUUCUGUAUGGUCUGAUCAGUGACAGGAAGUGACAGGAUUUUAAAGGUUAAAUUUGAGGAGCAUCUUUUAGCAUCCAGCCCCCAAUAGCAAGUGAUUACACAAGUGCUAACCCAUUAGGCUUAAAUGAUAGAUAAACCAGUGCAUCAUCUGCAUAGUGAAACAUAUUAACAUUAUUAAGAUAGUGAAUGAAAUAACCCAGAAGAAAUGUACAAUGACAAAAAGGAUAUGUGCAUAGCAGAUUAUGAAACAAACACCAAUAAAUUCUGAAAAUAUUCUGAUUGGCCUACACACAUCUUAAGUUUUUACAGACACAUGUCAUAGUACAGUGUUGUCAAAAGGCGCUCAAGUCAAAUAUCAGCCAUAUCUGCUCACCAUUAGAUAUAACAUCUAAUGGCAAGACCAUGAGACAAGCUGCAUUUCUGACUGAAAUUAACUCAUCAAACAUAUAUUGUAUAAUAUUUAUUUUAUUCUAAUUGUAGCUGUGGGUUUUUGCUUUGUACUUAGUAAGCUUGUAAAAUAUAUGUGUGCUGAUGCUGUGUAUAAUGUAUAUACUGUAUUUGAGUUCAAACUAAUAUCGAAGAAGGAAAGUACAGAUUCAUUAGAAAUGUUGCCUUCUGAAAACAGUUUGCUGAAAGUCCAUAUCAAUCUCAAUUAAUGUAGAAAAGUCCACUUUGUGACAGCUCAGCAUCUUAUUUUGCCUUAGACUCAUUGAGUAUGUAUGUUACUGACAUGAACCUCUGUGGAUUUAGGAAAUUAUAUUCUACCCUUGAAUUUAUGAAAAACAUUUUAAACUGCUUUGAUUAAACUGAAAAGUCAUGGUGAUCAA